GGUACAAAUAUUACCACAUAAUUUUAAUGAAACUAAUCAUAUGUUAUCGAUCGAAAAAGAAGGAAAAGAAAAAGGCAUACGUUAUCAAAUUGAAGACAUAUGUGGCGUAUUAUAUUACCUCAUCUUUCUGUUCUCUUCGUCUUUAUUAUGUCCACAAGUGAUACCCAAGGAGAAAAGCAAGGGAAAACUAACAAAUGUUUAAAAUUUUAACAUAGAAAAUAAAGUCAUGUUGUUUUUUGUUUUAAUGUUUUGAGUAGAUAGAAGAGGAAAUCUAGUGUUGUGUACGGCCAAAAAUGGCAACAAUACUACUACUAGUCCCUUCUCCCAUUUCCUCAGCUUCAUCUUCAUGUUUAUUGGAUAAGGGUCAUCAGCUGAGCCUGAGGCACCUCCACCUCAGUCGCCACUCUUCUUUUUCUUCUUCUUCUUUACCCAUUUCUAAACCCCUUUCUUCUUCUUUUCAAAUUAGAGCUCUCAAGCAGAAAACAGACGAAGAAGUUUCUGCUGAGGAAAUUACUAAAAAGUUGGGCCUUGAAGCUGGUCUAUGGAAGAUAUUCAGCUCAAAAGAUGAAGAAGACACAGAAGGUGGGGAGAAAAAGAAAUCAAAAGGAGAACAAGCCAAAGAGUUGCUUACAAAAUAUGGAGGAGCUUAUUUAGCCACCUCCAUUACACUUUCUCUCAUUUCUUUUUCACUAUGUUAUAUUCUAAUUAAUGCUGGUGUUGAUGUCCAGGCUUUGCUGCAAAAGGUGGGAAUCUCAGCUAAUGAGACUGGAGAGAAAGUGGGAACUUUUGCUUUGGCUUAUGCUGCACACAAGGCUGCAUCUCCAAUAAGGUUCCCUCCAACAGUAGCACUUACUCCUAUUGUGGCCAGUUGGAUUGGAAAGAAAGUCGACAAAGAAGACUAGGGUUAGGUUUUAAAUGUUAAAAAUUAUGUGUAAGAAUUUUACUCAUGGUAUUGAAUUAAUGUAAACUAUCUAUACUAGUGUUACAAACACAAUCAUAUAAUACAAAAUUUCAUUUUCAA